AUACAUCCGUUAUGCUCUGAACUUCAUUCUUAUUCUGCAAUCCAAAUUGUUCGUAUCUCUUCGAAUUUAACCCUAGUCUUUCCAAAAUGUUUUCCGAUCCCGCCCAGGAGUCGGUUGCCACACAGACGGAGGCACAACCGAUUCCGGCGCCCAUCUGCACCCCACUGCUGAUGGUGGACGAGGAUGGACGGAAGCGGUACUGCUACCAUGGUGGAAAAUGCAAGUGCGCCACUUGCGCAAAGAUUCGGGCAGAGCAGGCGGUGAAACUGGACCAGGAGCUGCUAUCCUACAUACCGCACACGAAGCUACACCUGGAAGUUCCGAUGCGGAUGGCCAAACCGAAGCAGUACCGCCUGGAAGCUCGACGGGCUACUCCCGAGCUGGCCAAAGUUCUGCGGGAGGACCACGAGAGGCUGAGAGCGGAGUAUCCAACAUACUACCUUCCGGAUCGGUACUUCGGCAAGAAAUUCUACGAGCUGCCAGGACCGCAGCACAAGGAGACCCAGACGGACCUUCCAAUUGGUCGCUACGGCAUCGAUGGCUGUCCCUGUCCCAACAAAUCUCUCUGCUAUGACUUGUAAGCCUGGGCAGGUUUCGAUUGGGCAAGAAGGGUUAAAUAAAAGUUCUGAUUGUGAAAAAUA